ACUCGUGCCACUGUUCUGAGUGACUUUGGAGGCUUAAGUUCCUUUUCGUAUAAAGUUUUGGCUAGACGCAGGAGAUACUUAUUUGGGAAUUGUUAGUAAGCUAGCAAACAACUUACUGAAACCUUUUAGCAGACAUUUGCCUGCAGAAUAUUGUGUAAAAAAGUCUGUCACCACCUUUUUGAUGAAACGCAUGCAAAGUCGGGAUCCAGCAUGUGGCACUAUUCAACACGCUUGUAAUUCCAUGGACCUAACAAACUUCUACGAGGGGGACAACUACCCGUACGAUAAAGACUGUUUUCGGAUAAAGCCAGACUACAGGGGACAUUCGAUGACAGAUCUGGCCAUUGGGGAUAACGAGAGAGCUAUUGACUUUAGUCCAUAUUUAAACCCGUUGGUGCCGCAUCAUCAGCAGCCAGCGCCAGGGGGCAACUUUGAGUCACCGGGCAACGAUUUUCUCGCAGAUCUGUUUGAAGACGAUCGUAAAGACAGAAGAGCAUUCCAGGACUACCCGAGUUAUCACUUACUAGCACGGCAGCACGUCUUAUCUUCUGGAAGUUCGGGUAGCAGUCGGUCCGGCAACGUAAACAGCUUACCGGCACACGUUAUAGAAACUAAAACAGAGCCAGUGUUCGAGCAGCUGGACAGCUAUAAGGCAGUAAAACGAGAAGAAGCCCGCAAGGGCGAGAGCGUGAUGACGAGCCAUUCCACCUUCGGCAGCCCUAGACUUUUCCAGCCAUACCAGUCAAUUACUGGUGGCAGCAAUGGCAACUUGUCAACGUCGUCCUCCAGUCCCCCCAGUACACCAACCCCUUCGGAGUGUAGCAAAGAGGAGUCCCCUGGCGCCUCUAAGUCCACUAAGAACAAGAAGUCGGUAGACAAACACAGUGAUGAGUACAGGAUUCGGCGAGAACGCAAUAAUAUCGCGGUGAGGAAGAGCCGUGACAAGGCCAAGCUGCGCAACAUAGAGACGCAGCACAAAGUUCUGGAACUGACAGCUGAGAACGAGAGAUUGCAAAAGAAGGUCGAACAGCUCACCCGUGAACUGUCGACACUCAGGAACUUAUUUAAACAAAUACCCGAACCUUUAUUGGCGGCUUCAGCCCACUGCUAAUAGACAGCAAUAGACGAUCUGUGCGAGACAGACAACAACGGCUGCUCGAGCUGCUCCUCUUGUGGCUUUCCCGCCGGCACGGGCUACUUCGGCGGGGCCCAUAGCAGCUCAGUCAUACGGAGGCGCUUUAAGGGGCGAGACCCGUCAUCACAUCAUGGGUCACAAGCAGCCAGCUGCACCUGGACCUACAUGGACGCUUGGACUAUGGUUUAAUGCCAUUUACUGUUCAUUAUUUUUUUAAACAAUGGAGUAAAUAUAUUCUUUGAAUACUAGUGUUAUUUAAGAAAAAAAACGUGUUGGAAUAUUGAAAACAUGGCUGAAAACGAUAAUGAUACAACAUGAUGCAAUCUCUUGUAACUUGUGUCAGUCAUGGCAGGUGUAAUCUUUUAAAGAUACAAAUAUGUCAUUUUAUAUUAUAAAGUAUUUCUAUAAGAAAGCAUUUGUAUAUUUUGGGAAUCUGCCUUUUGCUGAAAAAAAUUCAAAGCAUUUAAAAAGAAAUUAUGAAAAUGAUUGUACGUACGUAUUUAUGGUAGAAUGUUACUGUUUCAUCUUAUUGCAAUAUUAAUUGUCCAGAAAUCGUUUGCACUUGUGAUGGUUAAGCAAUACUCGAGCUGAGCUGUGGUCUGUGACUUAUGACUCAGCAGAAAGACAUCUGGCCUGGAAGUUAAUGAUGUAGGGCGCGUUCCUUUCAUUCAUUCAUCAGGUCCGAGUCUCAUUUGUGCACUUGUUGAUUUUUUUUCAUAGUUUGUUAUAAUAAAUGUGAAAAUUUGCUACUUA